GGCCGUGCUGUGCUUCCCAACCUGUCCAUGCGAUGGCGCUACUCACAGUACUGCGGCCAUGAGAGGCGAUUUAUCUGCGGCACCAAAGCGGAAGCACUUCAUUGGUCCACAAGGCCAAGAUCAGCCCUUGAAAAGCAGCAAGAUGGCUCACAGGCUGCUAGUACGUAGAAUUUGGACGUUCUCUGCGAAAGACAUCCGCUGCCUCCCAUCAUCCCCUGCCAUCGCCGCCACCUCUUCUUUCUCCACCUCCCUACAGUCCGCCACGACCAAGGUCUCCUUCCUCUCUCCAUCACGCACCCUACCUCGCUGCCUUCCUCACGCCUCCCGCCGGGAAGUCUCUUUCAAUGUACAGGACCACGAUGACUUCACAGACCGGGUCAUCAAAAGCGAACUGCCCGUGCUGGUUGACUUCCACGCACAGUGGUGUGGUCCCUGCAAGAUCCUUGGGCCAAGGUUGGAGAAGGCUGUUGCAAAACAGAAAGGCCGUGUUGCCAUGGCAAAAGUUGACAUAGACGAUCACACAGACCUGGCAAUCGAAUACGGGGUGUCUGCAGUUCCGACAGUAAUCGCCAUCCGGGGAGGUGACGUUGUUGACCACUUUGUGGGGAUCAAAGAUGAUGAUGCGCUGGACUCCUUUGUCAGCAAGAUCAUUGGACAAUAAACCAGCUUGCCCUGUCCUGCCAUUCACUA